AUGGCGUCCCCUGAUUCUUUCCUGGAUGUGGAGCAGCGAAAUCGCCUUCCGACACUCUUCGAGGUCCUGAGCCGUCGCACCCUGGCUCCGGUUGAUCUCUUCUCAUUCUACAUUUACAUGCGCGACCAGCAACGCUCUGUGGACUACCUGGAUUUCUGGCUCGAUGUCUCCCAACACAUGUCACUUUGCCGUCACUAUGUUCGAGAGCUUCGCCGUUCCGUCCUGGUAGCGACACCGGACAUGGAGAGAGCUGACAGCAAGCGCUCAUCGGCAAUGCUAGACAACCUGGAGAAUUUAGGCGACAUCCCACUAGUGGAGGCUGGUCCUUCCCGUCUGCACCAUAAUGAAAAGGACCGAGAUGCCGACCACCGCUUGUCUGCUUUUCUGCGCUCCGAAGGCCACACUUCCUCGCACUCUCCCCAGAACAGUAUCGGUUCUCAACAGUCUGCUCAGCGCACCCCAUCAAAUGACCGCCGCCCCAGCACUGGCAAUGGAAAUGGCGGCGAUUCCAACUCCCCUGGACACACCGUUGGCCGUCACGAUAUUCGCGCCAGUGCCGAGAAGAUUCUUUACACAUACCUGCUUCCCGGCUCCGAGCGUGAGAUCAUUCUGCCAGAGAUGAUGGUCUCAACAUGUAUCAACUUGAUUGAAGAUGACGGCCGUGAUGACCCCGAGGUGUUCGACCCUGCCAAAGACUACGUGUUCCAGGCCAUGGAGCGUGAUGCCUUCCCCGGAUUCUUGCAGGCCAAGGCUCUGGGUAACCUCGUGCCUCUGAGUAUCCUUGCCCGUCUCGCCUUUGCUUUGAUCAGCUUUGGUGGAGGUUUCUGGGGUGCAUUCUACGUGGUUCUGCGCAACAAGCCUCGUCACAUCCGCUGCUGGGUCAUCCUCCCAUUCGCUGUCGCGGCGUACUUUAUCGUCUCCUACCAGUACCGGAUUGACCCCGUCAUGGCAUUCCUCGGCUACAGCGAGUACACAUUUAUGAACUGGGGCCUGAUUCGCGAGCCAUACGUUCGCAAGCUCUUGAACAAGCGCGCCAUGGUCACUGCUUUUGUCGCAUUCCUGACCGCUGCCGCUCUGAGUAUCCUAUUCAUCUUCGUUCCCGGCACCAUGCUGUGA